AGAGAGUAACAUGCGUAGCACACUGUUUACACAACUUACUCAUAACAGACACUCUUACCAAAAUCCCUGAAGCACAAGCCUUAAUUUCCCAAUGCAAAGAUAUUGUCAGUGCACUGCACUUCAAGGCACAUCUAAUAGAGGAAUUUGUGUUGGAGCAGAAAGAGGCAGACAUAUUUGCCAAGAUUUAAGACCUGCAGGAUGAAAUUGAUGCAGAUUCCAAUGAUCCUAUUGAUGAAAUGGAUGAUGCAGAGGAUUGGCAGCUGGGAACUAAGAAAUCAAUACAGGGCUCACAGACACACAAAACACUGAAGACCACAGUGCCAACACAUUGGAACAGUGUCCUCAACAUGAUCAGAAGCUUCGUCAGUAUGGAGACAGAAGUCACUGAAAUCCUGAAGAGGAUAGGAAAGCCCUUGUUAUGCCUCCUACCUGAUGACAUCAAACUACUUUGUAACUUAUUUAGCUUUUUAGAAGACUUUGUGAAAUUCACUCUCAUUAUAAGUGAAGUCAGUCCAAACCUGAGUGCCCGGGCUCGAAUCAAGAAAAUCUGUGCAGUGGCUCCCAGAGAUCCACUACUGAUGAAGAGAGUCAAAAAACGAAUAGUGAAAAACAUGGACAAACGAAUCCCCAUGUCAGAUCUGGUUAGAGCCACUGCAGUGUUUGAUCCAGCUGUCAGAGAUAUCACUAUGAUGAAAGAUGAAAGCAUAGAGCUGCUGCAGAAUCUCCAUGAGAAACUGAACUCCUCCAGAUUCAGUUCAACAGUGUUUGGGGUUGGAGAUGAGAGGACAACUACUGAAGGUGGUUCAAGAGGUCCCUCUGGUGGGAAUGGUGACCACGAUGGAGAUGUGGGAGGAAGUGCGAAACUCCUGCGACUAGAAUUAUUAGCAGAGGCACAAGAAGAUGCAGAAGCUCAUUCUUCAAGUUCUAUCCUUGACCACGAGAUAGAUGCUACAAAUAUAUAAAUAUGUGCAUACGCUGUGAAAGUAAAAUCUGGUGUUUGCUUUAUUACAUUGUAUUGCAUUUUGUAGAAAUAUAGUGUAAGCCAUGCAUUGCUUGGAAAGAUUGAGAUCUAGUUUAUCAGUAUAACAUAGACAUCUGUACACAUGAAGUGGCAGCUUCAGCCAUUUGCAGCUAUGAAAAGUUUGGCGGCUGCAGCAGCCAUUUAGGUUUUGGCUUGCCAGCCAAUAACUUCAUGAGCCAGCCAUUAUUCUCAAAACAAAUGGCUUCAGGCUGUAGACUCACUGACUGCAGGUUGGAACAUUAAUACACGACAAGGGCACAAGGACAAAAACCUGACUACUAUUAACAGACAAAGAUGGACACCUGACAUGAACAAACCAAUGGGGAACAAGGCACAUGAAUAAGACAACCAAUGAGUAAACAGAACUGAUAAAUAACAAGACAAACCAAUCAAAACAUGACACAAUGAACAAGAGGAACCAAUUGUAUGAAGACAAGAGGGCAAGGGAAGCAUGACACAAACAAUUGCAAAAUAAAAGAAGUGAAAUCAUGAAACCAAUAUCCCAAAACAGAAACAAAACCCACAUUACUAUAUAUAUAUAUUCAGGGGACAUACAGCCAAGUAUGGUGACCCAUACUCAGAAUCCGUGCUCUACAUUUAACCCAUCCGAGGUGCACACACACACUGUGAACACACACACACACACCCGGAGCAGUGUUCAUCAUUUAUGCUGUGGCGCCCGGGGAGCAGUUGGGGGUUCGGUGCUUUGCUCAAGGACACCUCAGUCGUGGUAUUGCCAGCCCGAGGCUCGAACCCAAAACCUUAUAGGGUAAGGAGUUAUACUCUCUACCCACUAGGCCACAACUUACUUAUAUAUAGUAUAUAUUAUAUUUUUAAGGUUAUUAGAUAGUGUGGCUUUAUUAUCUUUUCAUUUUAAUUUAAUUUUUUUAUUAUUUAUUUCUUUUAUUUAUUCAUUUUGGAAUAUUUAUCCUCUUUGCUAUAAAGCGUUUCUGGCACAAAAAUAAACAAUAAAUGACAAUUAUGUAAAUAGUGUUUCUAAUGUUUAUAAACUGUCAUAUGUUACAAAAAUAUGGUUUACACAGACAAUCUGAUUUAUUUAAUAACUGCACAAUUGAAACCCCCCUGCACUUUCCCCACUCACCAUCAUGAACAGCACUGUGACUGCAGUGGAGUCAUUCAGAUUCCUGGGAACCACCAUCUCUCAGGACCUGAAGUGGGACAAUCACAUUGACUCCACUGUGAAAAAGGCCCAGCAGAGGUUGUACUUCCUUCGCCAGCUGAGGAAGUUUAACUUGCCACAGGAGUGUACUUAUGCUUAUAAACGUGCAAUAUCCUUAUAUUUAUUUGUUAACCCUCCAUCCUAGAACAUUCCUGCAUCUCACUCAAUCCUAUUCCUUUUUCAUUUAUAGCACAAUUGUUUAUACAUUUAUUUAUUUGCCAAUUUGUAAAUCUCUUUUUUUUUUUUUUUUUUUGUGUGUUGUUGUCUCUGUGUACUGGAAGUUUAUGUCACUAAAACAAAUUCUUUGUAUGCGUAAGCAUACUUGGCAAUAAAGCUC